UCUCUAACACAAACCUCUUUUCUAUGUGUACGGGUCAGUGGCAGCCAUUGUGAAUUUCAGUUCAUAGAACUGUUAAAUAUCAGCCAUAAUAAAGCCUUAUACCACCUCGUUAAAAUCGUUUUCUUCUAAGAAAAGGAUUGAGUCGACAGAAAGGGGCGUGGUGGAAAGAAGAGAACAGUGAAGGACGUUUUGCAAGACCAAGGUCAUGGCCAGAUCAACGAAACGAGCAUCCCCACUAAAACUGAAAGCAGAACUUGGCAGAUCUAAUAAUUUAGCUUGCUGCAGACAUUUUAUUCAUUGCAUUAAGAAUGAAUAUGUCAAGUGAGCUGGGUAUUUCCCCAGUCUUGUUACAAGCUAUAAGUGAAAAAAUUUCUUCAAAAGAUUCUAAAAUGGAUCCAACAUUUAUCAAACAGGAAAUGAUUGACAACCAUGAUAAUGUUUCUCAAAAUGAGGCAUCAUGUGACCCAAUUAUGAACCAAGAUGUCAGUCAAAUUCUUCCGGACAUUGUGAAUUCUGUUCAACAGAGAAUUUCUAUGGAAGGAUCUAACAGAACAAUAACUGCUGAUGACAUUCGUCAGUUGAUUAGCUUGAAACUUGCACAACAAGCUCAACAGCAAAUUUCUCAGAAUAAUGACGGACAGAAUUCUUUUGCCGUUAACCAACCCAACACAACAACCGAUACAUCCAUGAUGAAUUUUUUAUCAAAUGUUGCUGCAACUCAGACGAAGUCGACAGCUGAUGGUAACAUAAAUAACAGUAAUAUAACCAACAGUUCGGACACGAGAAAUUAUGAGAAUGAACCAAAUGUGCAAGGUUCUUCAAAUUCAAAUCAAGUCUUCAUGUGUUAUAAUAACAACCAGAACUCGAACACAACUGCACCCUCUCCGUCUAAUGAUAUCGUUGUGUCCGAAGCAGGAUCUGCGGUUAAUGUUGUUAUUGACCAAACUGGUCAAAGAUAUCUUAUGCAAGACACAGACUUGCAUGUUGAUCAGGCAAAAGUGAAUGAACAUUUAAUUAGACAAGCUAGAUAUAAUGAGAAAGGAGAAUUGGUCAUCUCUGACAUGCCUGUAGAUAGUGCUUCUGAAAAGAGUGAAGGUGUAGAUCUCUCAGUAUCCCUGGAGUCACGUUUACACACAACACAUCCAACAACAGUAGUAACAGACCCUUGUCCAGUGUGUGGAGAUCAAGUUUCAGGUUAUCAUUAUGGGAUUUUUACAUGUGAAAGUUGCAAAGGAUUUUUCAAACGAACAGUUCAGAAUAAAAAAGUGUUCCAGUGUCACAGGAAUAGUGACUGUGAUGUGAUGAGGGGUAACAGAAAGAAAUGCCCUGCGUGUAGGUUUGCAAAGUGUAUGUCUACGGGAAUGAAAAUUGAAGCUGUAAGAUUAGAUAGAACACGUGGAGGAAGGAGCUGUUACGAUGGAUGUUCACCUCAUGGCCGUCCAAAUAAAACAUUCUUGGACAAGAAGAUGACCCCAAAACCAAAAAAAAUGCAACCAGACUAUAUGAAACAUUUACAAACCAUGGAACUUAAACUGCCGUCGGGAGAAAGCAUCUCUGGAAGUCAUUUAAUGAACUUGUUACAAAAGACGCCUGUAAAACAAACUCCAGUUGUUACCCCUGUUGUUCCCCCAGUGUUAACGGAAAUAAUGAGCAUGGAAUCUCUGUUGUCAGAAGACGAGAGUAGCUCAGAAAUUCCAGAAAAGUUUGGCGAAGGGGAUCAAAAUUUUUUCUUGACAUUUUUGCAAAUUGCUGAAGUUCGAUUAUAUAAAUUGGUGCGAUGGGCUAGGAAUCUUCCACAGUUUAGUGCAAUAUCAACAGAUGACCAGAUAUUACUGUUGCAAAAUGGUUGGGCAGAACUCCUCAUAUUUAACUGUUGUAUGAGAUCUGUUGAGAGCCGAACAGAAAUCUUCCUACCCCUUGGUAAAACUGUUGAUCUGGAGAAAGCUCGUUGCAUCAGUGAAGGAUGUGAAGACAUUGUUCAACGAAUGUUAGAUUUAACUGAUCAGUUACGUAGACUGAAUGUUGAUCAGUAUGAGUAUGUGGCAAUGAAAGUUCUUGUACUCAUCACUCCAGAUGUUAAAGGUAUGAAAGAAAAUUACAAGGCAAGAGAACAGCAAGAGCUAAUAAGUGAUGCUCUAUAUAAAUAUACUAUUUCACAUUAUCCCCAGAAUCCUGACAAGUUUGGUGAAAUGUUGCUCAGACUACCAGAGAUCACCCGUGUUAGUAGUAUUGGCAAAGAAUUACUGAACACAUUGAUGCCCCCUGGAUUUCAAUCAUGUGGACUUUUGUUUGAACUUCUCAAAGGAGAUGGAGCAGCUAAAGAGGAAAGCUAGCAACACUUAUAAAUAGAUUUCUUGUUUCACUUUCUAUGUUUUCAUACUUGCAUAUGUUUAUGUAUCUGAACCAUGUGUACUAUAAAAUGUUGCAUUCUUUAAAUCAUGGAAUAGAAUUUGAGUAAUUGAUUACAUGCAUGUGCCAUAAUUGUGAAUACUUGUAAUUAUGGGUCAAGGUUAAAGUUUACAUUAUCUUAUGAAAAAUGUCAGUUCUACCUUAGUUUCACCUGUCUCUGUAAUUGUUGAGGCACCAUUUAUUGCAUUAUGUUCCUGACAUUUUCCUUUAAUUAAUUUACAUUUGUUCAAAUGUCCAUAAUUAGAUAUAGGAAGAUGUGAUGUGAGUGCCAAUGAGACAACUCUCCAUCCAAAUAACAUUUUAUAAAAGUAAACCAUAAUAGGUCAAAGUAAACCAUUAUAGGUCAAUAUGAUUAGUCUGUUCUAUAAAUGUUAACGAACAAUCCAGUAGAAAAAGAUGGUUUUUUUAAAGAUAAUAGUGCUUAAAAAUAAGAAAUUUUCAAAUGACACUUGUUCAAAUUUGAUUUUUGGUUUCAAAAAACAAGCAAUGGUUUAAAAAAAGAUAAGUCAAUUUUAGAUGAUAACUGUUUCUACAUGUUCUAGUAUAAACAUUAGAAAUAGAAAUUUUUAGAAAAAGUAUUUAUUAUAAUCUUUGUUUAAAUUUUUAAUGAAAUGCAUACAUUGUACACUAAAUCUCUAUUUAAUCAAUAAAAUGUUGGGUACAUGUCAUCAGUUAUGUCUAAUGUACAAGCUAGAAUGUCAAACAUUAAAGCUAAUUAAUGAGACUUGUACAAAUGUAUGUAAAAUUGAUUCAACUCCAUAAAAAUAUUUUCAAAUAAAAGACAGCUAUUGACAGAUUUCAAUAUGAAUUAUCUCCCUUGAAUAAUAUCAAAUUAAUUUAAAUAGGUUUUUAAUUUCAGGAAAAGAGCUUCUAGAGCAUGAAAUUUAUCAAGUAUUUAAGUAAACAGACUUGUUUUAACAAAAAAUAGAAGAAUUAUCUAAAAAUGGAAGCUAUGGUUAACCCAGGAUAUUAUAUAUGAAUUUAUAUAAAUUCAAGAUAUGAAUUUUUAAUUCAUAUUAAUUAGGACACUAACAUUUAACAUAAUAAAGUAUAUUAAGAUACAUAUAUUUCAAACAGAAAAUAUACUAAAAGCAAAGGUUAUUUAUCUAGGUAGAAAGUACUUUCAUGUGUAAAAUUUUUGUCAGUAUUACUGUAAAUGCAGAAUAUUUUGUGGUCCUUUUUAAACACCUUUGUUGAACAAUGAACACAAUUUAAGAUUGAUUAUUUCAGAAAUAAUUCCUUCAGGUUAUGCUCUAUGCUCAUUUUAACAUGGGUAGGCAUUAUAUUUGUCAAUAUUUCACACUGAGCGGUAGCGAGGUGUAAAAAUGUGGUCAAAUAUAAUGCCUACCCAUGUUAAAAUGAGCAUAGAGCAUGACAUGAAGGAAUUAUUUCGAUUUCAAUAGGACAAAUACUGUUUUUUUAAAGGUUGAAGCAUACAAAAAUACCGUAAAAAUGUUUGGCUAUUGAUUAUCAUUUAAAAUGGUUAAUAUUAGUCUGUAAAGAGACUUUAUGGAAUAUUAACAACAUAAACCAUAUUUUCAUGAAGCAUUCAAGCAUUGAAGUAAUUGCUUUUUUUCAUAUAUUAAAUUUUUAGAUCUGUGUUACAUAUUGAUUUUGUAUUGCUGUUUAUGGUAAUGCUUAGUUGGUCAAAAGAUUAUUUGUUUUGUCCAAACACUGUUAAUGUGUAUAUAACUGAAAUUUUCAUUUGUUUACACUCUGAAUCUAAAAUGUUUGUAGUGGGUCAAAUCAAAUUUGUUCAAGCAUGUGUACAAAUGGGAAAUUUGAUCAGUGACAAAAUCUUGAAAAAAUGUCUUUUAUCAUGACAUGAUUUAAAAUUACUGUGCAAUACAAUGAAAUGAAUGACAGAAAUAAUUGUUCAAUAUGUAUAUAUCCUAAACAUGGAGUUUUCUAAAGAUUUUAAAUAGACAAAACUCUUCAGCAGGUUAUAAUUUUUUUUUCAAAAUUGUUAAUGAAAUAGAUUUUUUACUAUGAUAUAAACCAGAAUACAUGUCUUUUUUUAUACCCAAUUCAAAUAUGAACCAUAUUGGUCUAAACAUUUUCAGGAAAUCCAGUACAUUGUAGAGAUUUUUGUACAAAAAUUCAAGCUUUGCAAGCCUUUCUAGAAUCAAUAUGCUAUACAAACCUGUACUAAAUUUGAACUGAAAUGUGUAUGUAUAAUAAUAGGAAUCUGUGGUAGGAUUGCUAACGAGACAUCUCUCUACCAGAGACCAAAUUACUUAGAAGUUGUCAACUAAAAUAGGUUACUACAACUUUCAACAAUGAGUGAUUUGUUUACCAUGCUGUUGUAUUGGGAUCAUGCACUACAUUUAUACAGGGUACAUUUCCUGUUGCUCAAAAUAUACAAAGUUAAGCAUGUGAAUAUAUGUAAAUAUUCUUUGUUUUGUUAGUAUGCUUUAUAUAUGAAAUAUAUGAAUACAUUUGUGAGGAUAGGAACAAUUUGAAAUGAAGUAUUAGCUUUGGAUAAAGUUAUUUUGUUAACUUGAUUUCAGGCAUGACGAUAGAAAUGAAUUGUCUCCCUUUCCAUUAGCAGAUGACUCAAUAUUAACUAAUUUGAAUGCAUUCUCAGUAUUCAGUAAAAAGCAUUCCUCUAUAGACAGUUAUGCAAAAGUUAUCAAAACCACACAAGUCUCCAUGACUGGUUUUUCAAUCAUCUACAGAGGUGCAUUUAGGGAAGGGGGGCCCAGCCCUUCCUUUUGGGGAAAAAAAUUGGUUGCUUAUAUAGGGAAUCACUGAAGCGUGACUGGUGCAGGUCCCCUCUUAGGCAGUCCGUGGGCCCCCCACUUAUGAAAAUUUCUAGAUCCGCCAUUGUUCUAGAGAAAUGAAUGACAAGUUUUUUACUGUUUCAGAAUGUCAGUAUGAAGCUUGAGCAUGAAUUACUUAAUAUUUAUUUAGUAUAAUGAUUGGUUAAAACAUUUUAUUGAUAGAUUAUGUUAACAUAGUUAUUUUGUAUACAAUACAGAGAUAUUCAUCAUGUUGAUAUGUCAAUAUUUAUGAAUAAUGUUUCAUUAUAUGAAAUAGUAUUUGUAUUUUUUUUCUUGUAUUGUGUAUGAUUAUAGAUAUAAGUUUUCAUUCAACAUUAUUCGAAAAUAAAUAAUAACAAAAUUA